UCCCCUCAUGGGGUAACACAACGACCUAGCUAGUGUGUAGUCUUUCAAAAGUAUUCAUUAUUUGUUCAUGGUUAACCAACACGAGUAAAGGAGUAGGACUACACACAAUUUAAUACGUAGCAUAGGCUAUUGUUAUUUAUUGUUGAAAUAAAUUGUUAUAAAUGAUGUCCGUUUAAAACGAGUAACUCACUAAACUAAAACAGUUGCAGGAUUCUACACAGAUAAUUAUGUCAAAAACUAAAGGAAAGACACAGAAAUCACGAGAAGGAUUAUCCAAAGACAAUCAGGAUGAUGAGUCUCAGCACAAAAAAUCCAUUGUCCCAUUUUCCAUAUUGCCUGAUGGAUUAAGUGACCAACUUUUAAAACUGGGAGUAGAAGACAUUGAAAAACAAAUAGAGAAGCUGUUUGAGCUGAAACCAGAGCUAGACCUAAAAGAUGCAGCAAUUCUUGAUUAUUAUGUUGGUGCAGCAUACUGGGCAAAACAACAGGGAUUUGACUCUCUACAGCUCUCAGGUUUUUUUACAGUAGCUCAUCAACUUUUAUAUAAAAUCAAAGAUGAGAAAAGCUCACUGGUUGGUCUGUUUAAAGAGCUGCAUCACAGAAUGAUUGGUGUAGGAUCCGAGUAUGGAGAAAUGGUUACUGGAUUAGAAAGUUUUAAUGUUUCACAUGCAAAGCAAAUUACAGACUAUAUUUAUUCUAGCUUAUUUCAACAUUUUAAACUAUACCAAUUUAUGUUCCUUAAAGAACAGUUGGAAGAAGUCAUAGGAUGUGAGUUGUUGGUAGAGGUCCCACUGCCUUCUUCUACACCAUUCCCACCACCAUUAGAUGAAGCUUUGAUGGAACCUAUCUACAAAGAAUAUCUUUUGAUGCCCAUACAAACAGAAAAAGAACAAGAAGGAAUUGAGCCUCCCGUGUCACCUCCAGGGGAAGUAAGUCUUCCAGAUAAUGUGGAGGAUAUUUUUGCUAAACUUUCACCAGAAGAUGUGCAAGCAAUAAUUGAAGAAAUGGCUCAGGAAGUUUUGCAGACUCUACAUGCUGGAAUAGAGAACAAAAUUAAGAUUCAAGAAACAACAGCCCUGGCAAAAAUUAACAAAAUCCACAACGUACUACAGCAAGAAAGCAAAGUUGAGACCAGUGAACCAUAGAGUUCAAGCUCAUCAAAAAAAUUCUUUGAAAAUUUUAUCUCGUUGUUUUAAAAUGUACAAAAUGAACUUAUUAGAUCUGUAUAUAAUUUAUUAUUAUAACUGAUUUUUAAAAGCUAUACUUAUAAUGUUUACAUGGAUUUUUACUGAUGAUAAAUACUGAAUCAGGACAAUAAAGAUUCAUGUUAUUUUAUUA